AUGGCGACAAAACAAGUUGUGGGAAGGGAUGGUGAUGUGUCAACAGUGAUAGACAUGUUACUUAGCUCUGACAACACUGUAGAUGAUUUACCUGUCAUUGCCAUUGUAGGAAUGGGUGGGAUGGGCAAGACAACCCUUGCUCAGCUAGUUUACAACAAUGAGAAGGUGGUGAAGCAUUUUGGUGAUCAAAGGAUGUGGAUUUGUGUAUCUGAUGAUUUCAUAGUUGAAAGGUUAUUGAAUCAGAUGGAACAAUCUCUUACACGAGAUAAGUCUGAGAUAGAAAAUAUUGAAGGAAUAGUGAGAAAGCUUGGAGAAAAACUAAAUGGAAAAAAAUAUUUGCUUGUACUAGACAAUGUUUGGAAUGAAAAUCUAGACAAAUGGGAGUGCAUGAGAAAUUCUUUGCUAGGGAUAGGUGGCUCCAGGGGAAGCAAAAUUAUAGCUACAACCAGGAGUGUGCAAGUGGUAUCUACCAUGAGGACAUCUCCAUCUCUCACUCAUCAUUUGAGCCAACUAUCGGAAAAUGAAAGUUGGACCAUGUUUCGGAAAAGUGCAUUUGCAAAUGGAGGACCAACAGAGACCCCAGAUUUGGUGGCUAUUGGUAGAAAAAUGAUGGAAGAGUGUAAGGGUGUACCAUUGGCAAUAAAGUCACUAGGAGGUUUAAUGUACUCUAAGAAGCACUUUCAUGAAUGGGGGUUGAUCAAAAACAGUGAAAUAUGGUCAACUGAAAUCAAAGAAGGAAUUCAACCGAUAUUAAGGUUAAGUUUUGAUCACUUACCAUCACCGUAUUUGAAACACUGUUUUGCGUAUUGUUCUAUUUUUCCAAAAAAUUUCAACAUUCGAAAGGAUGAGUUGAUUCAACUUUGGAUGGCUCAAGGAUAUCUCCAGCCUUCUUGGGGAAGCAAUUUGGAAAUGGAAGAUGUUGGUAAUGAUUAUUUUAAUAUUUUGUUGCACAAUUCUUUGUUUCAAGAUGUAAAAUUGGAUGAGUACAAAAAUAUUACCAGAUGCAAAAUGCACGAUCUUGUGCAUGAUCUGGCACUGGAUGUCUCAGAGAAUAAUUGUUUGGAUUUGACUUCGAUUGUUGGUGAGGUGAAGUAUCAUCCUGAGGUUCAACAUCUAUCAUUGGACUUAAUGGAAGAAACAAUUUUUGAAAUUCCAAAAGAAAAUGUUGGAAAACUAAUGACACUAUUUUUUAUUGAAAAUUUCCCUAAAAACAUUGCAGAAGUCGAGUGUAUACAUACCACGAGUUUGGUAGACUACAAUGGGGAAGAGUUGCCAAGUUCUUUACUUAAGUUCAUACAUUUGAGGUAUCUUGAUCUCUCAGGGUCAUCUAUUGCAAUACCACCAAAUUUUAUCUCCAAACUCUACAAUUUGCAAACAUUGAGAGUUCCAUCUUUUACCUGUUUGAAAAAGCUUCCAAAAAAGUUCUAUAAGUUGGUUAGCUCGUGA